UUCAAUUCCCCAGCCAUCGCUUUUCCGGCCAUUGCUAAGCAUAUUAAGUUGGCACUUGGCUGUUGGACGAUCAUCAAAGAUGAUCUUCUUUGCUUGUCGAUCCUGAUCUGAUGUUACAUUGAUUCGAAAUUUCUGACGAUUUCACGAAUAAUACGAAUUAUCGCUCUUGCAUAGCUUUCCUUUCCAGUACGCAUUUACGCCAUGCGGGUCACUACAGCCCUAGCUGUGGUGCUACCAAUAGCCCACGCAGCAAACAGCAGCUCACCAAUCGAUACGAAUCCCCUACAGCCAACCCCCAUCCGAGGCGUGAAGAAGAUGACCGAUGAUGAAGGGGAGAAAUUCUUUUUCAACUACUGGGAUUUCGGACAUGAAGGAUGGUCAACGGGGGAUGAUAAUCUUACAGAUUCACGACAUGAUCCAGGAAUGCAGGGUCGAUCGUAUCCGCUUCGAUCGAGUCUUGCUCUGGAAUUAGAUCCAUUUUCGCUGCGUUUUCGGAGAGAUUUCAAAUGCCCCACUGGUACAUUCGGGUGUACGUCGAUUAAUCGGCCGGAUAGCUGUUGCAGCUUCGGGGAUACUUGUGAAUUGGUGCAGGAUACUGGAUCGGGAGAUGUGGGGUGUUGUCCGCAGGGACAGGUGUGUUCUGGAACGAUUGGUUCUUGCCAAAAGGAUUAUACGAGCUGCCCGGCGUCGUUAGGAGGUGGUUGCUGUAUUCCUGGUUAUGAUUGUGUCAGUGGUGGCUGCGCACGCGUUCGUACGAUCACUGUGACCCUGAGUUCAACCGUGAUGGUGUCGACUACCACCGAUACGGCUCCCUUGGAACCAAGCACGCCUUUGAGUACCAGAACUACCACAGCCACAGAGUCAACCGGUACAUUUGUUCCCCCCGCACGACCUACAGGCCUCUCGACUGCCACAACCACCCAGAAAACCACAACCAGCCAAACCGAAUCAGUCUGUCCGACGGGGUUCUAUGCCUGUUCUGCCGUGUAUGAGGGAGGAUGUUGUCAGACGGGACGAAACUGUGAUACAACUUCCUGUCCAGCGAAAUCGUCGACAACUCUUGUAUCGAACGAUAUCACAAUUGUGGCACCAGUGCAGCCCACGGCAACGGCAACAGGGAAAUGCGCGGGCGGUUGGUUCAGUUGCGCUGCGAGUGACGGUGGAGGAUGCUGUCCAACUGGAUUUGCCUGUGGUUCCAGCUGUACAGCUAUGGAGAGUGGAACGCCGACGGCGACAGUGGUCAAGAGUCAGCCUGAAAGUGCGGCGAGUCGGCAGUCCUGGGAGACAGUGAGGAAGGUGCUGGGAAUUAGUAUCCUGGGUAUAUGGUGGAUGUGGUGAUUUUUGAAUAUUGUACACUAUAAAUAAAUACUGCAUGAAUGAAUAACGAGUGACGAUGCAAGCGGAAGGUGAUGCCGAUAUCAGCAGCCAGCAAGACCCCGUGGGGCGGGUAAAUGAUAAAUACGGUAAAUACCCGUACCACACGUGCGCAUCCUGCCCGUUUGGGUCAUUACCCGGUGAGCACGACCG